AUGUGGAGGUAUCAUGCCCUCGGUCAAUCUGAUAGUGAGCAUCAUCAGCCUUCUAUGUCCUUAAUGUGCAGUCAUUCACAUUGCUCAGAAAAUGAUCCUUUAGAUGAUUGCAAAGUGAUUCAGUUUAACACUCAACCUCUUCAUCAAAAACAGUUAUCGCCAACCUGUGGCCCACAAGGCCAUCAAGAAAUGGCCUUCCUGAAAAUUCGCACGAGUCUAGACCACAAACCAUGUGGACCAACAGAGUUUCUUUGCAAUGAUCAGAUGACCUGUAUCUCACUGAGCUGGCUUUGUGAUGGUGAACCGGACUGUCUUGAUGAUUCAGAUGAGUCGCUUGAUCAAUGUGCUGGAGAUACAGAAUUUAUAUGUCCUCUGAAUCAUUUUGACUGUGUUGGGACAAAAAGAUGUAUUCACCUCAGCAAACUCUGCAACGGGAUAAAUGACUGUCUGGAUGGGCUUGAUGAAGGGUCUCACUGUCGAGAAUUGUCACCAACAUGCAACCGGGCUCAUUGCCAGUAUGGAUGUGCAAUGACAAGAAAUGCCACACUUUGCUACUGUGGUGAUGGAUAUAAAGUCGCAGAAGAUGGGAGAAGUUGCGAAGAUUUCGAUGAAUGCAGUGUGUACGGAACGUGCAGUCAAAUGUGCACCAAUACUAAUGGUUCCUACACGUGCAGUUGUGUGGAAGGUUAUCUGAUGCAACCAAAUGACAAAACGUGCAAGGCCAAAAAUGAACCUAUUGAUCGACCACCAGUCCUCUUAAUUGCUAAUAUCAGAAGCAUUAUGACAACCAGUCUAAGUGGAUCAAAUGUUUCAACACUGAAUUCUGUUAGUGUAAAUGGAAUCAUUGCAUUGGAUUUUAUUUAUGAUGAAGAACUGGUUUGCUGGAUAACAACUGAGGAAAUGUCUACUCAUGCUGAACUGAGAUGUGCCAAGAUGAUUCAACUGAAAGGAUUUACAGAAGAGACAAUCAUCAAUAUUUCACAAAGCCUCCACAACGUGGAACAAAUGGCUUUAGAUUGGCUAACUGGAAACUUUUACUUCGUGGAUGAUGUCAGUGACCGAAUAUUUGUGUGCAACCGGAAUGGAGAUACUUGCGUCACUUUACUAGAUCUGGACCUGCGGAAUCCCAGAGGAAUUGCCCUUGAUCCAGACAUGGGAAAACUCUUCUUUACUGACUACGGAGAUGUUGCCAAGAUUGAAAGAUGUGAUAUGGAUGGUCAGCGCAGAACCAGGAUAGUGGACAGUAAAAUAGAACAACCGUAUGCCAUCACACUUGACUUGGUGACUAAAUUAGUCUACUGGGCAGAUCUCUAUCUGGAUUACAUUGAAGUGGUAGAUUAUGAGGGAAGAAACAGACAUACAAUUAUACACGGAAGUGAUGUUAGACAUCUUUACAGUUUGGCACUGUUUGAAAACUUCAUCUAUGUCAUUAACUUGGAUAAUUUCACUGCUAAAUACAAAGUAACGAUCUCAAAAAUCAACCGAUUCAAUGGAACAGAUGUUCAGACACUAACCCGACUAGAGAAUGCCAAAGUCUUAGACGUCUACCAUAAAAGAAGGCAACCAACAGUUAGAAGUCAUGCCUGUGAACUGGACCUGUAUGGAAAACCUGGAGGAUGCUCUCACAUUUGCCUGCUCAGUAGCAGUCACAAGGCGAGGACCUGUCGUUGCAGCACCGGCUACAACUUGGGAAAUGAUGGGAAGUCUUGCAAAAAACCAAAGAAUGAACUGUUCCUAUUUUAUGGGAAAGGGCGUCCAGGAAUCAUUCGAGGGAUGGAUCUGAAUACCAAAGCACUUGAUGAAUACAUGAUACAGGUGGAGAACCUUGUCAAUCCAAGAGCUCUUGAUUUUCACGCAGAAACAAAUUACAUCUAUUUUGCUGACACAACUAGCUUCUUAAUUGGGCGACAGAAAAUUGAUGGCACAGGGCGAGAGACAAUCCUUAAAGAUGGUGUCGACAACGUUGAGGGCUUAUCAGUGGACUGGAUUGGAAAUAACCUAUACUGGACAGAUGAUAGUUACAAGAAGUCCAUUAGCGUAGCCAGACUUGAGAAAGCUUCACAGACACGAAAGACACUGAUACAGGGUGAAAUGUCUCAUCCAAGGGGUAUAGUUGUGGAUCCCUUAAAUGGCUGGAUGUACUGGACAGAUUGGGAAGAGGAAGCAAUAAACAACAUGACAGGAAGAAUUGAGAAAGCAUGGAUGGACGGUUCCAAUCGACAGCUCUUUGUGACAACAAUGAUGUUAUGGCCCAAUGGUUUAACCUUAGACCACACUGUUGGAAUACUGUAUUGGUGUGAUGCUUAUUAUGAUCACAUUGAAAGCAUCUUUCUCAAUGGUACAGAUAGAAAGAUAGUAUAUGGCGGAAAAGAACUUAACCAUCCAUUUGGAUUGUCACAUUACGGAAACUUUAUUUUCUGGACUGAAUAUACAAAUGGGACCAUUUUUCAGUUGGAUUUGGUCACACGAAAUGUUUCGCUGCUCAAAAGGGAACGACCACCACUGUUUGGACUAAAGAUCUAUGAUGUUCAGCAACAGAGACAGCAACAAGGUGAAAAUCCAUGUCGAGGCCACACUGGUGGUUGUAGCAGUUUAUGCUUGCUAAUCCCUGGAGGCAGAGUAUGUGCCUGUGCUGAUGGUCAAUAUUUGGAUGAGGAUGGCGUCACCUGCAAAUUAAAGCCAGGCCUUCCCUCUGCUCAGCACUGCCAUUUUGAAGAAUUUGCAUGUAAAAACGGAAGAUGCAUUCAAGAACGCUGGAAAUGUGAUGGAGAAAAUGACUGUUUUGAUGGAAGUGAUGAAGAUCAAGACAUCUGCUAUAACAGCACUUGCCCUGUUAAUCACUUCCGAUGCCAAAAUAAUCGUUGCAUCCCAAAGAGGUGGCUGUGCGAUGGAGCAAACGACUGUGGUAACCAUGAGGAUGAGUCGAAUGAAACUUGUUCAGGAAAGACUUGCCAGCCCAAUCAGUUUUCCUGCACCAGUGGGCGGUGUAUCCCAAUGUCAUGGGUUUGCGACUUGGAAGACGAUUGUGGAGACCGAUCUGAUGAAACUGUAUCAUGCGCAUUCCCUACUUGCACUCCUCUAACACAAUUCACCUGUAAUAGUGGAAGAUGCAUCACCAUCAAAUGGCGCUGUGAUUCAGAGGAUGAUUGUGGAGAUGGCAGUGACGAGGUGGGCUGCACUCCUUCAUGUUCAAAUUCUCAGUUCAAGUGUAACAAUGGUCGAUGUAUUCCUGAACACUGGAUCUGCGAUGGAGACAAUGACUGCGGUGAUUUCAGCGAUGAGACCCAAGCUAACUGCACUGAGCCAGCCACAAGGCCACCCGAUGGUUGUCACAGAAAGCAGUUUCAGUGCCACGUUGAUGGACAUUGUGUUCCUUUGCGGUGGCGUUGUGAUGGGGACUGGGACUGUGAAGACGGCAGCGAUGAAAACAACUGUGAAGAAAAUGCAAGACGUUGCGACGCCCAUACAGAAUUUAGGUGUAAAGACUCUGGAAAAUGCAUCAACAUCACCUGGGUCUGCGAUGGAGAUGGUGACUGCGAGGACCAUUCGGAUGAGGAGAGCUGUGGAACAUCUGGCUGCAAACCACCAACUUACCCUUGUGCUGGAAACACUUCAAUUUGCCUUCAGCCAGAGAAGUUUUGCAAUGGGAAAAAAGAUUGUCCAGAUGGAUCAGAUGAGAGUGCGUUCUGUGAUGAGUGCUUUCUGAAUAACGGAGGUUGCAGUCACCACUGCACGUUUGUGACUGGAGAAGGCAUCGUGUGCUCUUGUCCUGCAGGAAUGCAUCUGAGCUCAGAUAAAAAGACCUGUGUUGUACUCGACUACUGCAGUAAACACCUCAAGUGUAGCCAAGUGUGUGAGCAGCACAAAAAGACAAUUAAAUGCUCCUGCUACAAGGGCUGGAUGCUUGCAGUGGACGGUGAUAAUUGCAUUAGCUUAGAUCCUUUUGAGCCAUAUAUAAUUUUCUCCAUUCGUCACGAGAUUCGAAGGCUAGAUCUUCACAAACAGGACUAUAAUUUAUUAGUCCCUGGCUUGAGGAACACUAUAGCGAUUGACUUUCACUUCAACCAAAGCUCUCUCUAUUGGACUGAUGUUGUGGAAGAUAAAAUUUACAAAGGAAAGCUCUCUGAGGUCGGAGCUGUGAGCAAUGUAGAAGUUAUUGUGCAACAUGGUCUAGACACUCCCGAAGGUUUAGCAGUCGACUGGAUUGCUGGAAACAUUUAUUGGAUAGACAGCAAAAUGGAACAGAUUGAAGUAGCGAAGCUGGAUGGCAGCAUGCGGACAACCUUAAUCGCAGGUGCCAUGGUGUACCCUCGCGCUAUCGCUUUGGAUCCUCGAUACGGGAUUCUCUUCUGGACGGACUGGGAUUCUAACUUUCCACGCAUCGAAGCUGCUUCAAUGAGUGGGGCAGGAAGGAGGACAGUUCACAAAGCUCUAGGAUCCGAAGGGUGGCUUAAUGGACUGACAGUGGAUUACCUUGAGAACAGAAUUGUGUGGAUCGAUGCCAUGUCUGAUGGUAUUUAUUCAGCUUUGUAUGAUGGCAGUGAAUUGAUAGAAGUCUUGCGUGGUCACGAAUACCUUUCCCAUCCUUUCGCUGUAACAUUGUUUGGAGGUGAUGUUUAUUGGACUGACUGGAAGACUAACACCCUGCUAAAAGCCAACAAAUGGACAGGCCAAAAUGUCACUGUAGUUCAGAGAACCAGUGCACGUCCAUAUGACCUACAGAUAUAUCAUCAAACCAGGCAGCCACAAGCACCAAAUCCUUGUGAGUCUAACCAUGGCAGAGGGGCAUGCUCCCAUUUGUGCCUGAUAAAUUACAAUGGAACUGCUGCGUGUACGUGUCCUCAUCUAAUGAAACUUGCUCCUGAUGAGAAGAACUGCUAUGAACAAAAAGAAUUUUUAAUAUAUUCAAGAAAUUCAGAGAUCCGUGGGGUUGCCACUGAUAAUCCCUACUACAAUUAUAUAACACCGUUUACUGACCCUGACAUCAGUCAAGUUAAAACAAUUGAUUUUGAUGCUUUAGAAGAACGAAUUUAUUGGUCCGAUUUAAAGCCCCGGUUUAUCAAGCGAGCCUUCAUAAACGGCACAGGAAUAGAAACUGUGGUCUCAGCAGAUCUACCUUACACCCAUGCCCUUGCAAUAGACUGGAUAUCCAGAAAUAUAUACUGGACAAGUUCUGAUUUGGAGGAAGCUCAAAUAAAUGUAGCUAGAUUGAAUGGCUCCCUGAGAACUUCCAUCAUUCAUGGACUUGAUCAACCGCAAUGUCUUGUGGUACACCCAGUAAAAGGAAAGCUGUAUUGGACUGAUAUUAACAGCAUUAGCAUGGCAAACAUGGAUGGCAGUGGCAUCAAGAAUCUUUUUUCAAAUGAAAAGGAGCCAGUUGGCCUUUCAAUUGAUUAUGCUGAAAACAAGCUAUAUUGGAUUAAUUCAGCAACUGGAACCAUAAACAGCUGCAAUCUGGAAGGGAACAAUUUAGAAGUGAUAAGGUCAAUGACCCAGUACUUAACCAAAGCAACAGCUCUGGCUGUUAUGGGAAACAAGUUGUGGUGGGCGGACCAAUCAUCUGAAUGGAUUGGCACCUGCAAUAAGGAUGGAUCCGAUCCUUCUGUUGUGAGGAAAAAUAUUGCAACAGUGCUGCACAUGAAAAUCUUUGAGAAAGGGUCGCAAGAAGGUAGUAAUCUGUGCAGUUUGAACAAUGGGGGCUGCUCUCAGCUCUGUCUGCCGGCCUCAGAAAGCAGACGGACGUGUAAGUGCACUCUGGGAUAUAGUCUGCGCAGUGACAAGAUGUCAUGUGAAGGGUUUGGAUCAUUCUUAAUGUAUUCUGUUCAUGAAGAAAUCAGAGGAAUAUCUCUUGAACCAAAUGAUAAAUCAGAUGCUUUGCUGCCAAUAUCUGGUACAUCACUGACUGUGGGAAUAGACUUCUAUGCAGCAAAUGAUACAAUCUAUUGGACAGAUAUGGGAAGGAGCACAAUUAGCAGAGCCAAGCGAGAUCAAACCUGGAGAGAAGAUAUUAUCAGUAAUGGCCUUGGAAGGGUUGAAGGCAUUGCAGUGGAUUGGAUAGCUGGCAAUAUAUACUGGACUGAUCAUGGCUUCAAUAUAAUAGAAGUUGCACGAUUUAAUGGUUCCUUUCGUUAUGUGGUAAUAUCCCAAGGACUUGAUCAGCCACGUGCUAUAACAGUGCAUCCAGAAAAAGGGUUCAUGUUCUGGACUGAAUGGGGACAGACUCCUUACAUUGGAAGAGCGAGGUUAGAUGGAUCGGAGCAGAGAAGCCUUGUGAGCACCAACAUUGUCUGGCCAAAUGGAAUAUCAAUCGACUACGAGGAAAGUAAAUUAUACUGGUGUGAUGCCCGUACAGACAAGAUAGAAAGAAUCGACCUUGAGAGUGGAGAAAACCGAGAGAUUGUGCUGUCAGGAAACAACAUGGAUAUGUUUUCAGUUGCAGUCUUUGGGGUUUACAUCUUCUGGUCUGACAGAGCACAUGCCAACGGAUCCAUCAAGAGAGGACUCAAGAGCAGUGCUGCGGAUGCGGUAACCAUGAGAUCGCACCUUGGAGUAAAUCUGAAGGGUGUUACGAUUUUCAACAGAGCCCGAGAAAAAGGUACCAAUAUCUGUGCAAAAAACAACGGUGGAUGCCAGCAACUUUGCUUAUACCGUGGAAAUGGUCAAAGAACUUGUGAAUGCUCAUACAGUGUACUUGCUGAAGAUGGGCUCAGCUGUCAUGAUUAUGAUGGCUAUUUGCUGUAUUCAGAAAGAACAAUAUUGAAGUCCAUUCAUCUGACAGAUGAGACCAACUUAAAUCCCCCCAUAAGACCAUACGAAAAGCCAGAAUACUUCAAAAAUGUGAUUGCCUUGGCCUUCGAUUACAGUCGAAAGACAGGAAAAACGAAUCGGGUAUUUCUGAGUGAUGUUCAUUUUGGAAACAUCCAGAUAAUCAACGACGACUGGACGAACAGAGAAGUGAUUGUGGAAAAUGUGGGAUCAGUUGAGGGUUUGGCAUAUCACAAAGCCUGGGAUACUCUCUACUGGACGAGUUCUACAACCUCAACCAUCACUCGACACACAAUUGAUCAAAAUAGAUUUGGUGCCUUCAACCGGGAAAUCAUUGUGGCAAUGUCUUCUGAAGACCAUCCCCACGUGCUAGCAUUGGAUGAGUGUCACAACUUAAUGUUCUGGACAAACUGGAAUGAACAACAACCUAGUAUAAUGAGAGCAACCUUGUCGGGAGCAAACGUUCAGAUUAUUGUUAGCAUCGACAUCUUCACGCCAAAUGGACUUACAGUUGAUCAUAAAGUGGAGAAACUCUAUUUCUCAGAUGGUUCAGUGGGAAGAAUUGAAAGGUGUGAAUAUGAUGGCUCGGACCGAUAUGUGAUUCUGAAAUCUGGACCAGGAACUUUCUUUGGGUUAGCUAUUUAUGGCGAUUACAUCUUCUGGACAGAUUGGAUGCAGAGAUCUGUAAUGCGCUGUGAUAAGUACACAGGAGGAAAUAUAAAAGUCCUGCGCUCAGACACAGCACAUCAGCCUAUGGGAAUUAUGGUUGUAGCAAAUGAUACCAACAUGUGUGAACUGUCUCCAUGCAAGAUAAUGAAUGGAGGUUGUCAUGACUUAUGUCUGUUGACUGCUGAUGGCCAAGUCAAUUGUUCUUGUAGAGGAGAGCGAAUACAGUUAGAUAACAACAGAUGCGUUGCCAGGAACUCGCUGUGCAAUAUUCACACUGAGUUUGAAUGUGGAAAUGGAGAUUGCAUUGGAUACCAUUUAACAUGUGAUGGGAUUGUUCACUGCAAAGAUAAAUCGGAUGAGAAGCAAUCAUACUGUGCUAACAGGAACUGUAGAAAAGGAUUUAAGCAUUGUUACAACGGACGCUGCGUUGCUAAUGCAAAGUGGUGUGAUGGAGUGGAUGAUUGUGCUGACAACUCUGAUGAAGUGUCUUGCAACAAUUCUACAUGCAGUGGGUCUGAAUUUAGAUGCAGAGAUGGUACUUGCAUUGCGAAAUCAGCAAAAUGCAACCAGAUAAUGGAUUGUGCAGAUGCCUCUGAUGAAAUAAAUUGCAGUAACACAGCAUGUAAUAACUUCUACAGAGUUGGAGUGAAAGCUGCAAACUUCAUAAAAUGCAAUAGCACCUCCCUCUGUAUUCUCCCGUCCUGGAUAUGUGAUGGGUCCAAUGACUGUGGUGACUAUACGGAUGAGUUAAAUUGCCAGGUUUUUUUAGCUCACCACAAACUCAAGUGUAAAGAACACUAUUUUGCAUGCCCCAGUGGGAAAUGUAUUCCCACUUCCUGGAUGUGUGAUAAAGAAAAGGAUUGUGAAGAUGGGGCAGAUGAAUCCCAUUGUGAUUCGUUUUGCACCUGGAAUCAGUUUGAAUGCGCAAAUCACAAAUGUAUCUCGGAUCACUGGGUCUGUGAUGGUACAGAUGAUUGUGGAGAUGCCUCCGAUGAAAAUAAUUCUCUCUGUAAUUCAGUCACUUGUGCUCCUGAUUUGUUUCAAUGUCCCAACUCUCACGUUUGCAUCCCGAAACUUUGGCUGUGCGAUGGUGAUAAAGAUUGCCCGGAUGGCAGUGAUGAACUUUCCAUAGCUGGCUGCUCACACAACAGUACAUGUGAUGACAAAGCUUUCAUUUGUCGCAACAAAGUGUGCAUUCCAGAGUAUUUUGUAUGUGACUGGGAUGAUGAUUGUGGAGAUGGAUCUGAUGAAUCUCCAGAAUGUGAAUACCCAACAUGUGGCAAAGAUGGGUUCAUUUGUGCCAAUGGACGAUGCCUUAUCAACAAGCAUUGGGAAUGUGAUGGGGACUUUGAUUGUCUUGACUAUUCAGAUGAAGCACCUAAAAAUCCAAAGUGUACAGGAAAAUCAUGCCGUGAUUCAUUUUACCUAUGCAAAAAUGGAAAUUGCAUAAAUGAAACGCUCUUGUGUGAUAAGAAUGUUGACUGUGAGGAUGGAUCAGAUGAGAGGAAUUGUUUUGUCAAUGAAUGUGCAAAUAAGAGAAUUAGUGGGUGUUCACAAGACUGUCAAGACCUGAAAAUUGGGUACAAGUGCAAGUGUUGGCCUGGAUUCAGACUGAAAGAUGAUGGCAAAACUUGUGUUGACAUUGAUGAAUGUAUAACCACCUUCCCCUGUAGCCAGCAAUGCAUCAAUACCUAUGGGACCUACAAGUGUUUGUGUGCAGAGGGUUAUGAAAUACGAGUGGAUAAUCCCAAUAGCUGCAAAGCUUUAUCAGCUGAGGAGCCAUUCUUGAUAUUUGCCGAUCGACAUGAAAUAAGAAAAAUGAGUAUAGAUGGAUUCAACUACACGUUACUGAAACAGGGGUUGAAUAAUGUUCACGCAAUAGAUUUUGACUACAGUGAACAGUUUAUUUACUGGACUGAUUUCACCUCACAAAGCAGCACCAUAUCAAGAAUCCGCCUGAAUGGAAGCAAUCCAGAGGUGGUACAGCAUACGGGACAAGCGAUUCCAGAUGGAUUGGCUGUUGACUGGGUUGGCAAGAAUCUAUACUGGUGUGACAAAACAAAGCUAACUAUUGAAGUCUCCAAACUUAAUGGGCUUUAUCAGACAGGCCUUGUCAACACAGGGCUGAAGACUCCUAAAGAUCUAGCAUUAGAUCCUCGUAUUGGAUAUUUGUAUUGGACCGACAAUAGUGAUUAUCCACACAUUGGUCGUGUUGGAAUGGAUGGGACAUCGCAAAGUGUUAUCAUUAACACAAAAAUCUCAAAGCCAAGUGGUCUGUGCCUGGAUUAUGUGAAUAACAGACUAUAUUGGGCUGAGGAUCAGGAAGAUUAUAUAGAAUUUGCUGACCUGGAUGGCUCCAAUAGACAUAGAGUUCUUAAACAAGAUAUUCUGCACGUAUUAGCGUUGACGUUAUUUGAAGACUACAUCUACUGGACAGACUGGAAAACUAAAUCAGUCAGCCGAGCUCACAAAACCACAGGCUUGAACAAGAUGUCACUAAUCAGUUCCUGGCAUCAGAUAAUGGACAUCCACGUUUAUCACUCUCACAGACAGCCAGAUGUGCCUGGGCACCCAUGCAAAAUAAAUAAUGGUGGUUGCAGCAACCUUUGCUUGCUCUCUCCAGGCGGAGGACACAAAUGUGCUUGUCCCACAAACUUCUACCUUGCUUCAGAUAGCAUGACCUGUCUGUCCAACUGCACUGCAAGUCAGUUUGUGUGCAACAACGAUAAAUGCAUUCCAUUUUGGUGGAAAUGCGACACAGAAGAUGAUUGCGGCGAUGGGUCAGAUGAGCCUGAAGAUUGUCCUGAAUUUAAAUGCAGACCAGGGCAAUUCCAGUGUGGUACUGGGAUCUGUACCAAACCUGCCUUCAUCUGUGAUGGUGAAAACGACUGUGGUGAUAAUUCUGAUGAAGCAAACUGUGAGACACAUGUUUGCCUUCCAAGUCAGUUCAAGUGUUCACAGAAGAGGAAAUGCAUCCCAAUCAUCUUCAGGUGCAACGGCCAGGAUAACUGUGGUGACGGCGAGGAUGAAACAGACUGCCCUGAGGUUACCUGUUCACCAAACCAGUUCCAAUGUGCAAUCACCAAACGCUGCAUUCCUGAAGAAUGGGUAUGUGACAAAGACCAUGAUUGUGCAGAUGGAUCUGAUGAAUCUAAUUGCACUCAAAUCGCGUGUGGUGAGGAUGAUUUCCACUGCAAAGGCACAAGUAGAUGUAUUCCAGCACGUUGGAAAUGUGAUGGAGAGGAUGACUGUGGGGAUGGAUCUGAUGAGCCAAGAGAAGAAUGUGAUGAAAGAACUUGUGAACCUUAUCAGUUCCGGUGUAAAAACAAUCGCUGUAUUCCUGGACACUGGCAGUGUGAUUACGACAAUGACUGUGGAGACAAUUCUGAUGAGGAGACAUGUGCAAUUCGCUCCUGUUCUAUGAAUGAGUUUACCUGUGCCAAUGGACGCUGUGUGGCUGCCAGGUGGAGAUGUGAUGGAGAUCACGACUGUUCCGAUGGCUCAGAUGAAAAGGACUGUGUAAUUACAUGUAAAGAAGAUCAGUUCCAGUGUAAGCACGGGCACUGUAUUCCUAUCAGAUGGCACUGUGACAGCGAGGCUGACUGUCUGGAUGGCAGUGAUGAAGAAAGCUGCAAUGAAGUGAAAACAAUCUGCAAUGUAGAUGAGUUUCAGUGCAACAAUACGCUUUGCAAGCUUCUAUCUUGGCUGUGUGAUGGUGAAGAUGAUUGUGGAGACAAUUCUGACGAAAACCCUGAAACGUGUGUAAAGUUUGAGUGCCCACCUACAAGAGCAUUCAGGUGUAAAAACAACAGAGUGUGCCUGCGACCGGAACGUAUUUGUGAUGAAAUCGAUAACUGCGGGGACAACUCGGAUGAAAUGGAUUGUGGUAACCAAAUCCACAGACCAUGUGGGAAGGAUGAGUUUGCUUGCAGCAAUGGGAAGUGCAUACCAACCGAGCUUCAAUGUGACAUGUUCAAUGACUGUGGAGCUGAUGAGUCUGAUGAACAAGAUUGCGUUAGAAAUUAUAAUGAAUUUGAUUGUUAUGAUGUGAAUCCUUGUGGGAUUGAUGCCUAUUGUAACCGGACACAAUCUUCACUUUUCUGUGAAUGCCAGCCUGGCUUUCAGAGAAACAAAGCCACAAAGCAGUGUGAAGACAUCAACGAGUGCCUACAGUUUGGAUCCUGCUCACAGUACUGCAAUAACACCAAAGGGUCAUACAUGUGCAUCUGCGGAAAGAAUUACAGAAGAAGUCAUAACCACAGCUGUAAAACAGAGGGUUCAGAACAUCAAGUGCUCUACAUUACGACUGGGAAUGAAAUCCGAAGUAUAUACCCGUUUGACCCCAACACAGCCUAUGAGCAAGUGUUUCAAGGAGAUGAGACUGUCAGGAUUAGUAUGAUGGAUGUCUACAUUAAAGGCAGAAAGAUCUUCUGGACAAACUGGCACACAGGGAAAAUCUCCUACCUAGACAUUGCGGACAAACGGAAGAGACAGACAAGUGAUGCUGCUGAUCUCAAUAUUCCUGGCUCCCACGCACCACAGGGCAUCGCAGUUGACUGGGUUACUGAAAAUAUCUAUUGGACCGAUUCUUUCAGAAAUGUCAUUUAUGUGGCUCAGAUCAAUGGGCAGAAAUACAAAAGACUUGUGUCUGGAAUGAUGGACAAGCCUUCUGCGAUUGUUGUUGAUCCCAACAGAGGAAUGAUGUACUGGACAGAUUAUGGUAAGCAGCCCAAGAUCGAACAGGCUGCCAUGGACGGUACUUUGAGAAGAAUUCUCAUACAUAAGGACCUGCAGUGGCCUACCGGACUGGCUCUUGAUCAUUUCAUCCAACGCUUAUUUUGGGCAGAUGCCAAGCUUUCAAUUGUAGGCAGUAUUCGCUUUGAUGGCAGUGAUCCUGUCGUGGUUGCCAGUAUCAAACAAGGUCUCCUGAAUCCAUUUAGCAUUGACGUGUUCGAAGAUUACAUCUACGGAGUGACACACACCAAUAGCCGUGUUUUCAAAGUGCACAAGUUUGGUCGUGAUCAUCUUGAAUACCUGGUUUCAGGUCUCAAUGACGCCUCAGCUACAGUAAUAUCACAUCAAUACAAACAGCAAGAGAUACCAAACCCUUGCAGCAAAAGGAACUGCGAGGGGCUUUGUCUGCUGAAUCCUACCGGUGUUACAUGCUUGUGUCCAGAUGGGAAAAACAUGAUUAAUGGAACGUGCAUUGAUGUGGAUUCUCCCACUGCACUGCCGUAUGGCAGUACCUGUGACCUUGUGUGUCUAAAUGGUGGGACUUGUUUUGUGAAUGAGCAAGACCAAUCGAAAUGCAAAUGCCAGCCUCGGUAUGCAGGAGACCAAUGCCAAAUCGACCAGUGCAAAGAUUAUUGUCAGAAUGGAGGGAUCUGUUCAGCAUCACCAUUAGGAAAGCCAGCUUGCCGUUGUCCAACAAGAUUUACUGGUCCAACCUGCAUGCAAAAGGUUUGCGACAGCUUCUGUCUGAAUGAGGGGAUUUGUGAUGUGAACACAGGAAAUCAACCUUACUGUUACUGUCUUGCAGACUUCACUGGAGACAGAUGUCAAUACAAUGUGUGCUAUAACUACUGCAUGAAUUUAGGCACCUGCGUUAUAAAGAGGGAUGGAGGUGCUCAUUGCUUGUGCUUGGCACAGUUUGAAGGACCGAAAUGUGAAGUGGAUAAAUGUACCGCAUGCCACGGAGGAGAGUGUGUUGUGGAUAAAGAGACAGGACAAGUGGCUUGCAAUUGCACAAAUGGAAGGAUUGCAUCCAGCUGCCUGUCUUGUGAUGGAUACUGUUACAAUGGUGGCACUUGCCAACUCGGCCCAAACUCUGAUCUACGCAAAUGUUUAUGCACAGUGGGGUUUAAAAGUGAUCGAUGUGACCAGAAGGUGAACCUUUGUGAUUACUACUGUCAAAAUGGAGGGGUUUGCUCUUUAACGCCACUUAAUGAGCCUCAGUGCAAAUGUUCAGAUGACUGGUCAGGCACACAGUGUGAAAGGCCAGCACCCAAGAGCAGCAAAACUGAGAAUAACACUGGGAGAAACAUCACAUUUAUUGUGCCAAUUGUUGUCUUGGUCCUUCUGAUUAUUGCAGUAGUUGUUGGAGUAAUCAUUUGCAAAAGGCGACAACGUGUGAAAAGGGUUCGGAGGCAUCCAUUGACUAAUGGAGGAAUGAAUGUAGAAAUUGGGAAUCCAACAUACAAUAUGUAUGAAGUUCGACCAGGUCAUGAAGGGGCAGGAGAAUUGUUGGAUCCAGAUUUCACAUUAGAUCCAGAGAAGCCAACAAAUUACACAAAUCCUGUUUAUACAAAGCUGUACUUGGAUGCACCAAACUGUCGGAACUCCUUAGCCACCACAGAGGAAAAGAAAGAGCUUCUCCCAAAGAAACUACAAGAUGGCUUAAGGGAGACUGUUGCUUAG